AUGGCGAUCUGUACUUAUAACGCACGUACGCUUGCAUCGGAAACGGUCAUCGAAGAUCUGAUGAUGCAAACCAAGAAGAUCAAGUACGACGUCAUCGGACUGACCGAGACGAGACGACGUCACUCUCUCAACGCCGUAUAUGAAACUGUAGAAGAACUGUUCUUAGGAACAUGCGACAGUAGAGGUGUUGGUGGAGUUGGCGUCCUCGUCAACACAAGUACGGCAAAGAACAUCGACUCUUUUGAACAACUUACGACCCGAAACGGAUGUCUGCGGAUGAGAAGAUGUGGUUCAACACCAGUUUUGACUAUCUUCGUCGCUUACGCUCCAACAUCAAGCUACGAAGAAGAAGAAGUCGAAGCUUUCUAUAUGGACCUGGAGAAGUUCUACCGAGAAGAUCAAGCCUUCUACAAGGUCGGCCUACAAUGGAAUGACCAGGGGGAGAGGCUCUCCAGGUUCAUCAUGACGACUAAGACCAUCCAUGGGAACUCGCAAUUCGAGAAGCCCUCCUCUCUACGCUGGACGUGGGAGUCACCCGGUGGAGGGUACCGUAAUGAAAUAGACCACAUCAUCGUCAAUAAAAGGUUCUGCCUGACGGACGUCGCUGUCAUACCAAAGUUCUAUAGGGGAUCGGACCAUCGCCUCCUCCGAGGAAGAUUUUCCUUCACAAGGAGAGCAGAGAAAGCCGCCAAGUUCAGAGAGAGAAAUCCCAGGACUACCAUCAACUGGGAUCUCUUCGCUACGCUAGCCGGCUUUUGGGAAGAUUCCGCAAUGGACAACAUCGACGAGGAAUAUGACCGGCUUGUUGAACACCUUCACGGCUGCGCGAAGAAGGCUGAGAGUUUUAAAACCACCAAGAGGCGUCUGUCUCUUGAAACUCUUGAGCUGAUACGCCAGCGUGGAGCAGCACGAGCCGCAGGGAACCAAGAACUCACGUCCGAGCUCGCAAGGCUUUGCAGAGAGGCGAUAAAGGAAGACCUUAAAGAGAGAAAAGCAGAAGUGCUGGCUGAAGCUGCAGAGGCGGGGAAAAACAUCCGCUAUGCCCGUCGAGACUUCGCCAGUCGCAAGACGAGGAUGACUGCUCUCCGGAACCCAAAGGGAACAACCAUUGCAUCGAGAAGGGGAAUGGAGAAAAUCAUCUACGACUUCUACUCUGAUCUCUUCGACAGCCAUGUCCACUUACCUCCUCACCAUCUGAGGGAAGAUGGACAGGUCAUUCCAGAGGUUCUCCCGUCCGAAAUACGACAUGCUAUCAUGUCAGUAAGAAAUCGUACGGCACCCGGUCCCGACAGAAUAAGACCAGAACACUUGAAGAGCCUUCCGCCAGUACUCAUCAACACCCUGGCGAGGCUUUUUACACGUUAUCUGUCGGAAUGCAAGGGAGAUCCACAUGACAUCGGCAACUAUCGUCCAAUCUGCCUACUGUCCGUCAUCUACAAGCUCUUUACAAGAGUAAUCCUUAAUAAGAUUGAAAACGUCUUGGAUGAAGGACAGCCAAGCGAGCAAGCAGGGUUUCGAAAAGGAUUCAGCACGAUUGACCACAUUCACACUGUUUCGAAACUCAUCGAGGUAUCACGAGAGUACAAGAUGCCGCUCUGUCUCCCCUUCAUCGACUUGAAAAAGGCCUUCGACUCAGUUGAGACGGAAGCGGUCGUGGAAGCCUUGGACAACCAAGGCGCCCCUACUCAGUACAUAAAGGUGCUUCGAGAGUUGUACAGUAACUUCACGACCGGAAUUUCGCCAUUCUACAAGAACAUCAUCAUUUACUUAAAAAGGGAGGUCCGGCAGGGUGAUACAAUUUCACCCAAAAUAUUCACAGCCACCCUCGAGAACGCAAUGCGAACGUUGGAAUGGGACGACAUGGGAGUGAAGGUUGAUGGUCGGCAGCUACACCAUUUGCUGAUGACAUCGUACUGA